AACACCUUUGGGUUUGGUUUCUAAACUUUUAAAAAAGCCGACAUGCCGACGAGGCGUUGAUGUAAUUUCAUCGAAGCAUAGAAUAUUCGACUCUUUCUUUCCUCUCCGGUUCUUAGUUGGUGGCCGACCCUCCUCUCUCUCUUUCUUAAAAAAAACAACAAAAUCCAGCGUAAACCAAACUUUCCCGUUAACUUUUCUAGAAAUUGCCACCCUUUUGAGAUUUGUUUCUUCUUUAGAUUCUUAUAAUUUGUUUUUAAGCAAAUUUAUAAAUUCGAUCUGUUAAAGAGUUUUUGAAAAAUAAAAUUGAGAAUAAUGUUCGACGGAAUGAUGGAUCCUGAGUUGUUUAGAAUCGCUCAGGAACAAAUGAGUCGUAUGUCACCCGCUGAGUUAGCCAGGAUCCAACAACAGAUGAUGUCUAAUCCUGAUUUGAUGAGAAUGGCCUCAGAAAGCAUGAAGAACAUGAGACCUGAAGACUUGAGACAUGCUGCAGAACAGUUAAAGCACACACGUCCUGAGGAGAUGGCGGAGAUUGGUGAGAAAAUGGCUAAUGCAUCACCUGAAGAGAUAGCUGCUGUGCGUGCCCGUGCUGAUGCUCAGAUCACUUAUGAAUUAAGUGCAUCUCAGAUGUUGAAGAAUCAGGGUAAUGAGCUUCAUAAUCAAGGGAAGUUCGAUGCUGCCUCUGAGAAAUAUUUGCUUGCAAAGAAAAACCUGAAAGGAAUUCCAUCCUCCAAAGGAAGAGCACUUUUAUUGGCAUGCUCUCUUAAUCUGAUGUCCUGUUACUUGAAAACAAGGCAAUACGAUGACUGUAUAAAAGAAGGCUCUGAGGUUUUGUCAUAUGAUUCAAAGAACGUCAAAGCUCUUUACCGAAGAGGUCAAGCAUAUAAAGAACUAGGCCAACUAGAAGAUGCUAUCUCUGACUUGAGCAAGGCACAUGAAGUUUCCCUUGAUGAUGAAACAAUUGCAGAUGUUUUGAGGGAUGCUGAGGAAAGAUUGGGUAGAGAAGGCAGUCAUCAGGCACCUCGAGGAGUGGUAAUUGAAGAAAUAACUGAUGAAGCUGCUAGCACCUCUUCUGCUAAUCUUCAAAGUUCAUCUACUGAAUAUUCAUUGAAACAACCACGAGAAAGUACUGGAUUCUUUAAGAGUGAGAAGGGGGGAAAUGUUGGGGAUGUGACAACCAAUUCUGAGUGUCUGCAGGCUCUAAAAGAUGAUCCAGAAGCACUCAGAUCAUUUCAGAAUUUCAUUUCUAACGUUGAUCCUGAGACCCUUGCUGCUAUGAGUGGUGGUAAAGUUGGAGAUGUGAAACCGGACAUGUUGAAGACUGCUUCAAAUAUGAUCAGCAAUAUGUCACCUGAUGAGCUACAGAAAAUGGUUCAACUGGCUUCCUCAUUUCAGGGGGAAAACCCAUAUACAGGUCAUUUUAAAAAUGGAUUUGGACCUGGAUCAGUUCCUCCAAAUGUAACACCUGACAUGCUUAAAACUGCAACUGAUGUGAUGACCAAGAUGCCUCCAGAAGAGCUUCAAAAAAUGUUUGAAAUGGCAGCAUCUUUAAAGGGGAAAGAUUCUAUUCCCACAUCAACAGCUGUAAACGGUAGCAGUCUAGGUUCAGAUGCUGAGGUAAAAUAUCCAGAAUCUGAGACAGCAUCUGUCACCAAUGGGAAUGAUGGUUUUGGUGAAACCAGUUCUAGUCGUUUUCCAAAUCCAAUGAGUACUCAGUCAAAUUUUCCAACAUCAACUGCUGAUUUACAAGAACAAAUGAGAAGCCAAAUGAAAGAUCCAGCUAUGCGGCAGGUGUUUGCAUCAAUGAUGAAAAACAUGAGCCCAGACAUGAUGGCAAACAUGAGUGAACAAUUUGGAUUGAAGCUUUCUCGGGAAGAUGCUGAAAAAGCUCAACAAGCUAUGUCAUCUUUAUCACCUGAGGACUUGGAUAGAAUGAUGCGUUGGGUAGAUAGGAUCCAGAGAGGAGCAGAAGGUGCAAAGAAGGCAAAGAACUGGUUGCUUGGAAAACCUGGUAUGAUCCUGGCAAUAUGCAUGCUCAUCUUAGCAGUGAUUCUUCACCGGUUAGGCUUCAUCGGUAGUUAGAAUGGUACCAAUCUCCAUUUUGGAACUUCUAAUUGAGGUGAUGUUGGAAACUAACAUGCAUUUUGGGUCGCAAGAUGGUAAGAGAGGAAUUUUGAGCUACAUGUUCUCUCAAUUUGUGUUCAAUGGAUGAACGGGUGGCUGGGAUUUCUUUCGAAUGUAAUCGAUCAAUGGGUUCAGCCUUGAUGUUAGGUUGUAUUGUAGGAGACUAGGUGCCAAGGUUACUUAGUCAAAGGAGAUUCAAAGCAACGAUCCUGAUAUCAAACUUGACUUCCAUUUUUGUAGCAUAAUUAUAUAAUAAUGCAUGCAUUUUGGGGAGAUAUGACGUACUGAUCAUGAUUUGUUUUUAUAUCAACUUUAUAAAGCAAGGUGUGCUCGAGUAAA